AUGGUACCUUCCAAAGCCAAAAAUGAUUCCAAGAGACAAAAAGCAGGAAUUGGUCCACUGGUCCACGCCGCCACAAAGAAAGCUGGUGAAGAAAUUGCACAUACGUACAAUCACAUCUGCGGUCUUUCCAUUACAGAAUUAAGAUUCUUCACUGUUUAUGGACCUUGGGGUCGGCCAGAUGUGGCGUAUUUCUUCUUCACAAAGAAUAUACUAAAAAGAAACCCCAUUUCAGUAUUUCAAGGUUCUAAUAGCAAAAUUGUAGCAAGGGAUUUUACCUACAUUGAUGAUAUAGUGAAAGGCAGUUUAGGGGCUUCAAAUACAUUAGAGAAGAGCACAGGAAGUGGAGGAGAGAAGAAGAAGAAUGCACAAUUAAGAGUGUUUAAUUUGGGGAAUGCUUUACCAGUUCCAGUAACAAAGCUAGUUAGCAUAUUGGAAAAUUGCUAA